AUGGCUGAAGAAUUGAAACUUUUCAGGACAUGGUCGAGUCCAUUUGCUUUGAGGGUCGUACAUGCGCUCAAGAUUAAGGGCUUAGAAUAUGAGACCAUAUUCGAAGAUCUCAGCACCAAGAGUGCUUCACUCCUGCAGUAUAAUCCUGUUAACAAAAAGGUUCCUGUACUUGUGCACAAUGGAAAGCCAAUUUGUGAGUCACUUGUAAUUCUCGAGUAUAUUGACGAGACAUGGAAACAAUGUCCUCUUUUACCACGAGAUCCUUAUGAUAAGGCUGAAGCACGUUUCUGGGCAAAAUUUGGAGAUGAGAAGAUUUUUUCAUCAAUAUGGAAGGUAUUAAUUACUCAAGGUAAACAGCAAGAAGAAGCUAUCGUUGAAGCUGUCCAGAACCUGAAACUCAUAGAAGAGCAGCUGAAAGACAAGAAAUUCUUCGGGGGAGAGACAAUCGGAUAUCUUGAUAUUGCAUUUGGUUGGACAGUUAAUUUGAUCGGCAUCCUGGAAGAGAUAAUUGAUCAGAAAUUGGUAGAUGAAGAGAAAUUACCACUGCUAUCAGCGUGGAUGCAGAACUUCUCGGAUGAUCCAGUGAUCAAAGAUUGCUGGCCUCCUCGAGAUAAAAUGAUCGUCAAAUUUCAAGUCAUGCGCGAACCAUAUCUUAAAAAUUUAGUAUCUCAAUGA